GUUUUUCAGUUUCCGAAAGCUCAACACUUGCAGACAAAGGUUAUGCCACAAUGCGUCGACCUGGCAACAAAUUGUGAGUACAAGGAUCUCUAUUCUCUCCCGUUCCAACUGUGAUUGUAAAUCGUUUUAGUAAAUUUAGUGGAGUUUUGUUGCAAAUAAAUGCUGCUGAGGAGCCAUUAUGUGCGUACCAAUGAGAAGGAAUCAGCGUGUAACCAGAACGUUAUUUUGGUAGCAAACGGGUAGGCGUAUAACCGGGAUUAUAAUACGGGAUUUUUACGUUACUUAAAGUUCAUUCCAGGCUCGAAAAGAAGCACGGUUAAGGAACCGAAAUCGGUUAACCCUUGCUAACUUGUCACUGAGGUUCUCAAUGAUAUUUUAACAGUGCUUUUGACUACACGAUUAUAGGAUCUCAUAAUACCAUCCGAAACCCUUACGCUUCUUUCGUACCAAUAAUAUUGGAUGUUUAAAAGCUGUUUAGUGUAUCGCCUUGGCAUAUUUUUUUCCAUUUAAAAGCUGUGUAUUAGUGUUUGACGCCUUAAGUUUGCAGAAUUUAACGCACAAGUUUAAGUUUCUUGAACCCUAUUGAGAUAUGAAGUUACUUUAAAGUAUUUCGUAUUGUUAAACCUGGUAUAAUCUAAACAUGUUUUGUUGGGGUGAAUAGGGAACGAAGCACAUUCCAUUUGCUGUAUUUACUAAAUUUGCCCCUGGCACAUCGAAACAUAUUUUGUGUCGGAAAGACUCUAGUGGCAGCUGACUCAGUUAAACUGAACUGAACAGAACUGUUACUGCUAAAAAGAAUCUGUCACAAUUAGUGUAGAUGUUCUUGAUAUUCUUUUGUACUUUUAGAAUGUAUCUUUUAACUACGAUUAUUUAUAUUCCUCUGUCUAUUCCGUUCAACACCGUUUUAUGUUUUAAAUUUUUUUAGUGGUGGUUCUACCAGUACUUGUGUCUACUCAGUAGAACUCAAUACGUUUAUUUCUAUUAUUUUUUUUAAUUGAUGGUGUUGGUUGUGUUUUAAGUCUUACUCCACUGCGAAAUGGUUGUUAAUGUUUAGUCUUUACUUGUUAAUCUUGCAGUUUGGAGCCUCAACAUUGAUGAUGGAUGCACAUGCAGUAUCCAGAAAUGUUACGUGAGCAGCCAGUCUCUUAUUGACACAUUGACAGGAGGUGGAUUGAACAACACGCUGUAAAAACAAAGCCCUCAAAUAUGGAAAAGCUUCGAAAAGUAUGCCAUCAACAGUACGUUUAAACCUUUUAAUUAAAUUUUCAUCUUUAAGCUUCGUUUUAACAUCGUUUAAGGAUUUAUGUCAGUAAUUAUUAGCAAGUAAACCAGAAGACCUCUAGAACUGAUGCAGAGUAUCGUAAGCAAUAGCACAAGGCUUACAUUUGAAGAGGUUCUAUUAUCAUUGAGUGAUUUAAAAUUAGUAAAGCAAACCUACAGAAAACAUGUACAGUAUCAUAAUCACAACAGAUAAAGGAAUAUUUUUUUGAGAAUUUCCUUUUGGUGUCAUUAAAUGACUAUGUUAGCGAGUAAAACAGUGCAGUGUAAAUGAACUAUGCAGGUUCAUUUUGUAAGUUUGUGAUCAGUUUAUUGUGAAGUUUAUGGUCAUCAUUUUGACUGAAGUAACAGCUUCUCGUUUUUACAUGAAGAAGUUUCUUUAUAGAUUUGACAUUUUUUAGUUGCUAAUAAAACGAAGAACGUGAAGUUAAUGUUCUAAUCAGUUUCGAAAGCAAGGUUCAAGGUAUAAUUUGGAACAGUUAGGUUUCUAGGACUUAGUAUUUACAACUCAAGUAUAUAAGACUUAACAUCAAUAUAACAUAUGCUCAGUAUAUAAUCAGUUUUAUAUUUGAUUUAGCGCAAAAAUCAUAAGAACUGAUUUAGUAUCAUUAUCGAUAGCUUACCAUUUGUAUUUGAAGAUUUCUCUGUUAGUUCAAGGCUUAGUAUUAGCA